CGACUUCCUUCCUCAUCCGACGCGCGCAGUGACAGCAUUGGGCCCCACUAUCCUCCCGCUAACCACGCGCACCAGCAAUUUCGGAAUGGGGUUUGGCAGCUGGGCAGGUGUUCGCGACCUCGCAAGACAACCUUCAAUUAAACCCAUUCCUCACAUCCAUCACACACCAUGGCGGAAGAGGCCCCGGUUGACUACUCGCUGUCCAACCCAGACACCCUGACCAAGUACAAGACCGCCGCGCAGAUUUCCCAAAAAGUCCUCGAAACCGUCGGCGGCUGGUGCAAAGAAGGCUCCAAGAUCCUCGAUAUCUGCCAACGCGGCGACAAGCUCCUCGAAGAUGAGAUCGCAAAGGUCUACAAGGGCAAGAAGAUCAGCAAGGGCAUCUCCCACCCUUGCACCAUCUCCCCCAGCUCCUAUGUCACCCCCUACACCCCGCUCGUCUCCGACGCCGAAGAGGCUGCCACCGAAUUAAAGGCGGCCGAGCCGGUCAAGAUCCAGCUGGGCGCGCAGAUCGAUGGCUUCGGCGCCAUUGUCUGUGAUACGAUCCUCGUUCAACCCAAGGAUGACUCCGAGUCCGCUGUCACCGGCCGUGCAGCGGAUCUCUUGCUGGCGACGUACUGGGCGAACGAGUUGCUACUACGCCUGAUGCUGCCACCGGGCUUGCUUGCAUCUGGCACGGAGGAAGAGAAGAAGAAGGCGUCAGCACAGAAGCCUUACAGCCAGUCCAAAAUCACGCAGCUCCUCGAGAAGGUCGUCAAGACGUACGAGUGCAACCUGGUGGAGAACACAACGUGCUGGCUAUUCGAUCGCAAUGAAAUCGAAAGCAAGAAGAAGAUCAUCCUCGGCCCCGGCGAGGGCGUCAAGGGCGAAGGACUGCCGGAGAUCGGCGAGGUCUGGGGUGUCGAGGUGGGAGUCAGCAUCGGCAACGGCAAGGUCAAGACACUUCCCAACCGCGCCACCCUCCACCGACGCACCGCCACCACCUACGGCUUGAAGCGUCCCAGCUCGAGAGCGACGUUGUCGGAGAUUGUGAAGAAGUUUGGCACAUUCCCUUUCAGCUUACGCCAGCUCGAGGACGAGCGGGCCGGAAAGGUGGGCAUUGUCGAGUGUGUGCGUGGAGGUGUGAUUCGACAGUACGAGGUUGCUGGCUCUGCCGAUGCCGAGCCUGUGAGCCGGCUAUUCACCACCAUCGCCAUCACAAAGAACGGCGUGCAGCGAAUCGCCGCCCCUCCCACCCCUAACCUGGAGAAGUGGAAGAGCGACAAGAAGAUCACCGACGAAGAGCUGCUCAAGAUCCUCGAGCUGCCCCUUUCCAAGCCUAGCACCUCCAAGCCGAAGAACAAGAAGAAGAAGAAGAAGCCGGCGAAGAAGGCCGCCGCCAAGGACGAGGAUGAUGACGACGACGAGGACGAGGAUACUGACGAAUAGUCCCUCUAUGAUUCUGCCGGGAUGGUUGCAAUACGACCGCAAUCAUAGUCCAGAAGUAUGGGAGGAUGAUCAUGCGUGUCCACUUCAGCAGGAAGUGGGCA